ACCAGCUAAAAGCUGCAUGUAUGCCCAUCAUCCAAGCCAUCACACAUCUUUCUUUUCUCUUUCUUCUCUCAUUUCUCAUCUCACCUCACUCUUCAUCCAAUUCUUCAACCACCAUCUUCAGAUUCAAUCCUUCUUUUCCCUUCAACAUACAUAAACCCUUUUCCUAAUCUCAUAAAUUCAUUUUAUCCUAAGUUUCAUAAAUCAAAACACCUACAUCCAUAAACAUAAACAUAGAAGAAAAUUGAAAGAGCGUUACAUUAAAUUAAAAAGUGUAUAAGUUUAGCGAGAAAUGCCAAGUGUGGCUGUAAAACUCUACAGCGUAUUCUUCAAGUUCCUCUUGAAGCACCGUUUACAAACCCGAAUCCAAGCUCAACCCGAUUCAUCAAACUCAUUCGGUAUCACUUCUCGACCCGAAGAAUCCGUCGCUAAUUCUAAUCCUUCUUUCACCGACGGCGUCGCCACCAAAGAUAUUCACAUCGAUCCUUUCACUUCUCUCUCAAUUCGAAUCUUUCUUCCUCAAUCAGCACUUUCACCACCCGAACCUAAUUCCAAAUCUAAACCUAACCCGAACCCGAACCCGAACUAUGAAGGUGGAUCUGUUAAUUCGCGACGAAAUAGCUAUGGUCCACCGUAUAAAGAGGAGGUGAAAGGGAAUGGUUUUGGUGGUAGUUAUGGUGUUGAGGGUUUGAAUUUAAUGGGUAGUGGUGGUGGAAAUGGAAUUGUUGUUGGUGCUGGAUUGUAUCGAGGUUAUUCUCCGGCGUUGGAUAAUCGUCGGAGAAAAUUACCGAUAAUGUUGCAGUUUCAUGGAGGUGGAUGGGUUAGUGGGAGUAAUGAUUCGGUGGCGAAUGAUUUGUUUUGUAGGCGGAUGGCGAAGUUAUGUGAUGUGAUUGUGGUGGCGGUUGGGUAUAGGUUGGCACCGGAGAGUAGGUAUCCGGCUGCAUUUGAAGAUGGGUUGAAGGUUUUGAGUUGGUUGGCGAAGCAGGCGAAUUUGGCGGAGUGUAGUAAGUCUAUGGGAGUUGGUAGGGGAGGAGGUGGCAGUCAUGGUGGUGAGUUUAAUAAGUCUGAUGGGCAUAGACAUAUUGUUGAUUCGUUUGGUGCUUCGGUUGUUGAACCGUGGUUGGCUAGUCAUGGUGAUCCUACAAGAUGUGUUCUUCUUGGAGCGAGUUGUGGUGCAAAUAUUGCAGACUAUGUGGCUCGAAAAUCUGUAGAAGGAGGCAAGCUAUACGAACCUGUCAAGGUGGUAGCACAGGUCUUGAUGUAUCCAUUUUUUGUUGGAAAUGUUCCCACGCGUUCUGAAAUAAAAUUGGCAAACUCCUACUUUUACGACAAGGCCAUGUGCAUGCUUGCAUGGAAACUUUUCCUACCCGAGGAAGAGUUUAGUUUGGACCAUCCAGCUGCUAAUCCCCUGAUUUCAGGCCGGUCUCCUCCUUUAAAGUUGAUCCCUCCAACAUUGACAGUGGUGGCAGAGCAUGACUGGAUGAGGGAUCGUGCCAUUGCUUACUCAGAGGAGCUCAGGAGGGUGAAUGUUGAUGCACCUGUUCUUGAGUAUAAGGAUGCAGUACAUGAAUUUGCAACACUUGAUGUACUUCUCAAAAGCCCUCAGGCCCAGGUUUGUGCCGAGGACAUUGCCAUCUGGGUCAAGAAAUAUAUUUCACUUCGAGGUCAUGAAUUCUCGUAUUGAAUAGGAUAUAUAAAAAAUUAAGAUGUUGAUUCGCCGGUAGAUAUUUACCUUUCCUCAACCUCAAAAUUAGCUUCAGAUCACUCUUUUGCUGCUAUUACCCAGGAUGGGUUAUAUUAUUUGAUUGAUUUUGUUGCUUUAUAAGGUGUUGGAUGUUGACUGGUUCCAUGUUUGUACCACCUACCAGUUCUUUUGUAAGAUAGAGUUGUCUGAGAUAGUAGGAUUAGUUGAGCCGUUGUUAUGCAUAUACCUGAUGCGUACCAACCACCUUAGGACAUUCAUUUUUUCAUGUGUAUUAUUAUGUCAUAUUUCUCAUUGAAAUAUAUAAAAUUUAAUGAGCCA